AGGUGUGAGUGAGCGUUUGCCGGUGGGACAAGCGAAGUAAAAAGCGAAAACAAAACAAGCGAACAGAAGAUUUUAGCACACGCCGGUAAUAUUAAACAGAGAUUACAAGAGGCAGCGGUGGAUAGAAGAGGUGAGGAGAGGAGAGAAAGAGAAAACCGUCGGAGAUUAAAACGAAAUAAAACGAAAUUGAAAUCGUUUAUUAGCGCUUAUCAAGAGUUCAAACUCAAUUCAGUUCAAUUUGGAGGCCGGUGCUGAAUUAAAAAACAAAUAUUAAAAAAAGAAAAACAAACAGAAGAAGAAGAGGAAAUAAACUGUGUCUCGCUCACCCGCACACACCCAUAUGAGAGACACAGUCGCUUCGUCCAGAUAAUGCAGCGGACGACAACAACGAAGGCAGCGCAAAGAAAACGGGAUUAAUUUCAUAGCUUCAAGUUGAUGUGACAAGAGUCACACUUAUAUAAUCAUGCGACUAAGACUCGUGAGCACAGUGAGCAGACAAUUGCAACGUCAUCGUUGGUUUGCCACAAGUGCCACACAACAUGGACACGAACAGCACAACAACAACAACAAUAACAAGGAGCAAGGAGAAACGCGAGGAAAACGUUUCAAUAAUGGCAUCGUUUAUGGUGCUGCAACAAUCGGUGGCAUUGCAGCUGGGAUUCUGCUCUUUAAUGAGCUGGAUAAGCAACGUAAUCCCUCAUCCUCCUCCUCGCCAGUUGUCGUUCACGCCCAAGCGGAUGCGGAUGAGGAAACCAAGGCGCGACUCUGGCACAGCACAAAGCGUGAGGAUUUGCCCACGUACAGUGCAGACGAUGUGGGCAAGCACAAUAAUCCGGAGGCGGGCAUUUGGAUAACAUACGGUGUGGGUGUCUAUGAUGUAACGGAAUUUGCACCUAAUCAUCCUGGCGGUGAUAAGAUCAUGAUGGCGGCGGGCAGUGCCAUUGAUCCCUUUUGGUCCAUCUUUCAGCAGCACAAUACGCUGGAGGUGUUGGAGCUGCUCGAGGGAUUUCGCAUUGGUAAUCUCAAUCGGAGCGAUGUCGCUGUUGUGGAUGAGAAGGAUUCGCCGUGGUCACAGGAACCCAAGCGACAUGCCCUGCUCAAGCCAGCCAGCGAGAGACCCUUCAAUGCGGAACCACCAAUUGGUCUGCUUCCGGAUCAUUUCCUAACGCCCAAUGAAUUAUUUUAUGUGAGAAAUCAUUUGCCAGUGCCGACACUGCAACCAGAUGAAUAUGAGCUUGAACUGGAGGUCGAAUCGGGCGAUGGCAAGCCGCAGCACAAACUAACGCUGGAGGAGAUCAAGGCAUUGCCCAAGCACUCUGUCACCGCGGCCAUCAUGUGCGGUGGCAAUCGAAGAUCUGAAAUGACGCGGGUCAAGCCGGUCAAGGGUCUCUCCUGGGGAGCUGGUGCUGUGGGCAAUGCCAAAUGGUCGGGAGCACGACUCUGCGAUGUGUUGCAGGCCAUGGGCGUCCAACCAAGUGAGAAAUUGCAUGUUAUAUUCGAGGGCGCCGAUUUGGAUCCGACAUCACAUCCGUAUGGCGCCUCGAUACCACUAUCCAAGGCCAUGGAUCCACGUGGCGAUGUUCUGCUCGCCUACGAGAUGAACAAUGAGCCAUUGAGCCGGGAUCAUGGCUAUCCAAUCCGUGUGAUUGUGCCCGGCACUGUUGGUGCACGCAAUGUCAAAUGGUUGACCCGCAUCAUUGUUGCAGAUCAUGAAUCCGAUUCCCAUUGGCAGCAGAAUGAUUACAAGGGAUUCAGUCCCAGCACCGAUUGGGAUACUGUUGAUUUUAGCAAAUCUCUAGCCAUACAAUCGAUGCCCGUCACAUCGGCCAUCUGCACACCGAUGCCAGAGGAGCACGUCAAGGUCGAUGAAGAGGGUUGCAUUACGGCGCGUGGUUACGCCUGGAGCGGAGGCGGACGACGUAUUGUCCGUGUCGAUCUGACCAGCGACGGUGGAAAGACGUGGCACGUUGCCGAGCUCGAGCAGGAAGAUCUGCCCGAUGGAAGACACUAUGGCUGGUCCUUAUGGACAGCACGUUUGCCGAUCACAUCCGAUCAGAAGAAUGCCCAGCACAUUGAGAUUUGGGCCAAGGCCGUCGAUUCCGCUUACAAUGUGCAGCCAGAGGCAUUUGAGCACAUUUGGAAUCUACGUGGUGUUCUGGCCAAUGCCUAUCAUAAGGUCAAAGUGAAGCUUAUCUAAUCUGAUCGAUCAAUUGCAAAUGUGACGCUAUCUUAUCUUCUCGAUAUAUGCAUAUGUAAAUCUUUAUAUCGAUCAUAUCGCAGCUUUUUACAUAAAAUUUGUAUAUAUAAAUAUUAA